UUGGAUAAACUAUCCUUUGCGAAACAAAUGCUUAUCAGCAUGUUAGAAAAUUUGUUACCAAAUCAAAAUAUUGAACUUAUAUCACUUACCACAUUUUCAUCGGAUUUAAAGCUAGUCGCACCAUUUACAAAAAAUUAUGAAAUGUUGAAAAAUAAAAUAAGUAGUGUGAAAGUUCAAAACAAAUGCUCUCUUAUUGCUGCUUUAAAUGACCUGUCUUUAAUGCUUUUAAAAGAAUGGGGUACAAAUGAAACAUUUAAUAUAAUAGUUGUUUCUGAUGGAAAUAUUGGAUCUGGUUAUGGUUCUCUCAGAGCUCAUUUUCAAACCAAAACACAGAGGCCUAUAAGUUUUCCAUUCCCAUGUGCAUUUUACAUCUUACUUAUAAACGACAUUCAAAACAUUCAAAUGACACUUCCGCAUUACGAAAAAUUGGCGGGAGAAAUUAAUACGGUCAAUCGAUGCAAAAUUUUUUACCCCUUUUGGGAUGAAACAAUAAAUGGUCACAAAAAUUCUUACCACGGGGAAGAUAUGAAAUCACCUCUAGGUCGUUCUUUGGAAUGCAUGUUCGAAAAAGUUUUCUUGGAAUGCUUCGAACCUCAAGUAUCUCAAGUUAUUUGUGGUAAUAUCACUGGAAAGGCCAGCAUAUUUCCUCCUAUUCCCCGGUACAUACAAGAAUUGUAUUUAAAUGAUCACGAAGAUAACCACGAAACGAACUCGGAAGAAGCCUUAAAUUUGUCUCUCCAUAUACAAGGGUUUGUCGAUUACCAUCAAAUUAUUUCUCUGCCGCAUUUCACUAAACAUUUACUUUUGCCAGUUGUUACUUCCAAUAUCGAUUCGAACGCCGAUAAAUCUAACAAUCCUUCUCCAGCUCAGAAGAUUCCCUCAUUCCUGGUACUACUACACGGCAGCUUGAAAAUUGAAAAUAUGGCCGCACUUUGCCGAAUAAAUUUAAAUUGUGACGAGAGAAAUUCACGAAAGUCAGAAUGCUCCCUGAUUUGGUUUGGUUUUUUAUAUUCUUCCUUUACUUCCUGCGAAAACAAGAAAAAAUCUAAUCUUUAUUUGUCGACCCUACCUAUAGGUCCAGAUCCCUCCCCGACUCUAGGACGCCUUCUUACAUCCCUCACUCUUCACGACGCUCAUAAUUACGAAUAUCUCCCCGCCUUAGAUAUCACUCCUUCCACUCUACCACCUUCUAUCUUGAUACCGAACUCAACUAAUGUUUCUAACGAUUCUAAAAUUAACACCUUAUACGAUUACAGUUAUUCUCCGUACACGGCUUUGGCUAAUACUCAAGGCCUUCAAGCUGCUUUCACCUUUAAAAGAUCUUACUCCAGCGCUAAUUCUAAUUCCGAUGCUGAUUCUUUGCGUUGCGCUCGCCUAGCUAAAAAACUUCUAUCUAUUACUACCCGUGUGGAAUCUGCGGAAGAAGCGCGAAAGGUUAGCGGAAAGUUAGAAGUGAUUUUUAAGGAGAUAGAAAGGCUGAAAUAUCGCGUUUUGAUUACCUCUACUGAUCCGGCAGAUUUGAAUAGGGCGUUAAGUCCAAUUAUAAAAGAGCUAGAGGCCACGAGAUAUGACGGAGUUGAAGAUAAAGAGGAAAGCUCAAAAGGAAAUUAUCCAGAUGGUCGUCAGGUUUGGAUUGAACUGAAGAAAGCAAUCGAGAAUGCUUUAGACGUAAAAGAUGAUGAAAAUAAACCAAUUGGUAUGGAGAUUUAAAUGGUCCUUAUAAGAUAUUUAUUUUUUACCACAAAUACACUAUUUUAUCUAUAUUCUAAAUUAUUAUUUUUAAAUUUAGUUUUUUGAAGUUGUAAAUGAAUCAUAUAUAAUUUAAUAUUAUAUUGUUUUUAUCUUAUAUGUUAUAUUCAUUGAAUCAAAAAUUAUUUAU